AUCAGUCACGUGACCUGCGGCUCUCUGUGCACCUGCACAGCCUCUGAGGAGGAGGCGGAGUGGAGUUUGGAUGCCUCGGUGGAUCAGAGUAGCUACAGCUCGCUUUUUUUUGCUCGAAAUCAGCACAACUUCUUCGACUGAAGUUUCUCGAAAGAACUGCUGGAAUAGCUUGAACUAAAAUGGAGCUUUCGCCGUCCCGAGUCUUCUUUACGGUGUUGAGUCUUUUUACAG